AUGAAUAGCUCCGCGGUUCUGUCUUCCCUGGCGAGGCGGUAUGCAGCUUCCGAUGAUUUGCCCUCUACUUUUGCCCUCGACUCUCUCUUUGAUUUGCGGACCAUUUAGCCUCGUCGCCGUCGUCAUGGUUGCAGGCUGGAGGGGAAGGUGGCCAUCGUCACCGGCGGCGCCAGCGGCAUCGGAGAGAGCACCGCCAGGCUUUUCGCCCGGCAAGGUGCCAAGGUCAUCAUCGCCGACAUCCAGGAUGAGAUGGGCCAGGAGGUCUGCAGGGAAAUCGUGGGCGACGGCGGCAUGGCCUCCUACGUCCACUGCGACGUCUCCUCCGAGGCCGACGUCCAGGCCGCCGUGGAGACCAGCCUGAGGUCUCACGCCCGGCUGGACGUCAUGUUCAACAACGCCGGCACCGUCGGGGAGUACAGGUCCCACCUCGACUUCGACAGGUCCGACUUUGAGAAGGUGUUUGCGGUGAACGUGAUCGGCGUCUUCCUGGGCAUCAAGCACGCGGGCCGAGCCAUGGCCUCCACCGGGCGAGGCAGUAUCAUCAACACCGCCAGCAUCGCCUCGGUCAUGGGCGCCAUGGCGACGAUCCCCUACACGGCGUCGAAGCACGCCGUGGUGGGGCUGACGAGGGACGCGGCCGUGGAGCUGGGCCACUACGGCGUGCGGGUCAACUGCGUCUCCCCUCAUCUUUUGGCGUCGCCCUUGGCCUGCAGGGCGCUUGGGAUGGACACAAGAGCCAUGGAAGACGCCGCGGAGAAGAGCUCCGUCCUAAGUGCCGCGGCGUUGAAGGCGCAGGAUAUCGCCGAGGCGGUGCUCUACCUGGCCAGCGACGAGUCCAGAUACGUCAACGGCCAUAACCUUGUUGUGGACGGCGGCUACACCACAACCAAUCCCAGCCUGGGGGCACACCUCUUUGCCUCCUCUUCCUGA